AUGGACCAGAUCACCUGGGCCGAGCUAGAGACCUUCCUCCAAGACAACUUAUCGGACCCUGCAAGCCGCGGAGUAGCGGCGAGUAUACUUCUCGACAGCGCCUCCCAGGGCGCAAAGGAGAAGGUGGACGAGUUCGUCAGCCGCAUCGACGGGCUAGAGAUAGAGCUUGACUACGUACCCACAGAGAAGCAACGGAUUUCUACCCUACUAAGCAAGUUACGUCCUCAACUCCGCCACACCAUCACGUCAUAUACGGACCAGACGAUGGCAGGGAGGCGGGAUAUAUCGCUAGAGACUGCCCUAGGCCGAGGGAGCAGUAUUAGCAGUGCUAUAACUGCGGAGAGACGGGGCACCUUACCAACGCGUGUCCUAACAUGGUGUGCCGGAAGUGCAACAAGAAGGGACAUAAGGCGGCUAGCUAUCGUAGUGACACCGCUAGAGGCGAGCAACGGGGACCUGCUACAAGUUCCAACACAAUCCCCGACUACGGACAGCGACAACUUGACGGAGACUCAACUACAUCGCUUCGUUAUCGCAGAUCUCGCGACACCGACCCUCAUCCUAGGAUUUCCUUGGCUAGAAGACGUCGACCCGCUAAUCAGCUAG